AUGGAUCACUCAAUUCAGCGCUCGCUGAAUGAUAAGCUCUACGACCGAAGGAAACAGGGGGCCUUGGAGCUCGAGAAGGUCGUCCGCGAUGCUGCUUUCAGGGGUGAACACGAGGAGAUUCAAAAGAUCGUCGACCAACUCUGCCAUGACUACGCCUAUGCGGUACACCAACCUCACGCGAGAAACGGCGGUUUAAUCGGACUUGCUGCGGCUUCCAUAGCAUUAGGAUCCGAAGGGGUUGCUCCUUAUCUUAAGGAAAUCGUGCCGCCGGUGCUUGCUUGCUUUUCCGACCAAGAUGCGCGAGUCCGGUAUUAUGCCUGCGAGAGCAUGUACAACAUUGCAAAAGUUGCGAAAGGGGAGGUACUACUCUUCUUCAAUGAUAUAUUCGAUGCAUUGAGUAAGCUAGCUUCCGAUUCGGAGCUUUCGGUCAAAAACGGUGCAGAACUUCUCGAUAGGCUCGUCAAAGAUAUUGUAUCGGAAUCCGCAGCCUCCCACAUCUCCGUCCUACAGCUUAGUGAAAAGGAAGCGACAGAUCCUGAGGGCUUGGACGAUGCUGAACUUCCUACCGCCUUUUCGCUCCCCAAGUUCAUACCUUUGCUCAAAGAGCGAAUCCACGUCAUCAGCGCAUUUACUCGCACGUUCCUGGUAUCAUGGCUGACUCUGCUGGAUACAAUUCCCGAUCUGGAGUUGAUAUCGUAUUUGCCGGAAUUCCUAGGAGGCUUGAUAAAGUUUUUGGGUGAUCCGAACAGAGAUGUCAACGUCGCCACCCAAGCGCUUCUCGAUAGGUUCCUGUCGGAAAUCAAGAGAAUUGCGCGACUGAAGAAGGGGAUCGAAGAAAGUCGGAAAGGUCAAGGCAGCGAUAUCAGACAGUCAGCUACCAGCGAUAGUAUGAGCGUUGCGACGACUACCGAUCAGACUGUAGCUGUCGAGUCUGAAGUGACUGACAACGCCAUAGAAGACUCUGAGGCAGGGUCAGUUACCGAUGAAGAAGCCUUGCACGUGGAUGGGGACUGGAUUCCCGGACAAGAUGUUCAGAUUGACUAUGCCAAGAUAUUAGACAUCCUCGUUGGUUUCGUUGAUACAUCGUUCGUCGAGGAAAUGCAGCUGACUGCGCUGCGCUGGAUCGACAACUUCUUCGAGAUCAGCCCAGAAGACAUUCUCCCUUUCGUACCUCGUCUCCUCACUCAAGUGCUCCCAGCAAUGUCCAGUGGCUCGGAUCAAGUGCGGCAGGCCGCCAACCGGGUCAACACGUCUUUGAUGGAGUAUAUUGUCACACUGUCCGAAGAUAUACUAGACGAAAAGGCAUCGGUCGAGCCAACCCCUCGAAGCAGCAUUUCAACACCAUUACCACCCGCCGAUCUCGAUUAUGCUGCUGCCGUGAACUCCCUUACCCUACAGUUCCUGAACGAAAACGAAGCCACCAGAGUAGCUGCGCUUUCUUGGCUUAUCAUGUUGCACCGGAAGGCGCCCAAGAAGGUAAUAGCAUUUAAUGAUGGCACCUUUCCUGCUCUUCUGAAGACACUGUCCGAUCCGGCCGAAGCCGUCGUCACCAAAGAUCUCCAGCUUCUGUCUCAGAUUUCCAGAAACAGCGAGGACAGUUACUUCAAGUCUUUCAUGGUGAAUCUCCUGCAGCUGUUCUCUACGGACAGACACCUGCUCGAGGUACGGGGAAACCUAAUUAUCCGACAACUGUGCAUGAAUCUUAGUCCAGAGCGCAUUUACCGAACGCUGGCAGAUUGUCUCGAGAAGGAAGAGGAUAUCGAGUUCGCUAGUAUCAUGGUUCAGAAUCUAAACAACAACCUGAUAACCGCCCCUGAACUGUCGGAAUUGCGAAAGCGCUUGCGGAAUUUGGAUGCCAAGGAUGGACAGAUGUUCUUUGUAGCGCUGUUCCGGUCGUGGUGCCACAAUGCCGUCUCUACUUUCUCCCUCUGUCUACUCGCGCAAGCUUACGAGCAGGCGUACAACCUUCUCCAAGUUUUACAAGCUAGUCCAACUCCUAGAAUCACCCGUCUUCACAUCUCCUUGAACCAGAACGAUACCCGUACCUCUACAAAUGCCUCUACGGCGUCCUCAUGCUCCUCCCGCAGAGCUCCGCCUUCGCAGCGCUCAAAAACCGCCUCAACAGCGUCAGCAGCAUUGGCCUCAUCCACACCGGGCCUCGACAGUAAGUCCAUUUCCCCCACACCCAUAUCUACCACCCCACCACACCCAACUAACACUCCAACCCAAAGAACCACCCUAUCAUCCUCAACCUCUACCUCCUCGACAUCCACCUACGACCGCUCCACCAACAGCCGGCUCAAACGCGACGACCCGCCAAUCCGAUGGGUCGAACUCCUGGACAAGUUCAAAACCGUUCAAGAGAAAGCCCGCCGCUCUCAACGCGCCUCCCAGCGUCCCUUCGACGCAGACGGGCCCUCGUCCUCCAGCAAUAACAACAACAAUAACGCAGGCGACCAGGUUCGCGGCGGCGGCGGUAGCACCAGAGACCGUGUCUCGGCAUUACCUGACACGCCGCGCGGAAUAGUCGGAGGGAAUACCGGCGGUGGGGGAAAUGAAGGUGGUAGUGGUCGGGGGACGAACGAAGGGGGUGCGGGCAAAUCGUCGCCGGGGGGCAUUCUGGGCGGUGCGCAUAGACAUAAAUCUAGCUUGUCGAAUCUGGGGAGAUUGGGGAUUGGCGGGAGAAAGUCGAAGAGAUUGAGUAGAGGGGCCGAUGCAAGGCUAUAG